AUGGAAGCACUGUCGGACGACGAGUUCGAUCAUGUCCGAGACUUCGAUAUAACGGACCCGGAGAGUGAUAUCGACAGCGACCAAGGCGACCACGAUACUCCCUCGACCACUCCUCCACGAACACAAACCCCUCGUCCUUCUACCUCCAAACCCAUUGUUUGUCCCUACAAAGACUGCUCCAAGACUUUUAGUCGCAAUUCGCACUUAGAAGAGCACCUUAGAUCCCAUACCGGGGAUCGACCUUUCAAAUGUCCCCAUACCUUCUGCCCUCAAACGUACUUGCGCGAGACUCACCUGAAGCAUCACCUCAAAAGUGCCCAUUCUACUGUUCGAGAUCAUGUGUGUACCUGGAAAGGUUGCGAUAAAGCUUUCGCAACUGGCACGAGGUUGCGCAGACAUCUGAAAGCGCAUGAGGAUAAAGAGCAGUACAGAUGCCGUGGGUACGACGGCUGUAACGCGACUUUCCGAAAACACGAAACUUUGAGAAAGCACAUCCUGGUUGAGCAUGAAGACACGAAACCUUUUCCUUGCAACUAUGUCCACCCCGAGUCCGGUGCACCAUGCACGAAAGCAUUCGACACUGCCGACCGCCUCAAGAACCACAAACGAGCAAUGCACGACAACUCCAAAUACUCUUGCACUAUAUGCGCGAAUAAUCAUGGAACAGUACACACGCCGAUGACCACAGAAGAACAGCCGUCUCCAUUCUCUUUUGCAACUUUCCCGGAGCUGCAAUCUCACAUUGCUCAAGCACAUCCCCUCAAAUGUCCCUACUGUACAGCAACAUCCGUAUCUAACAAAGAGUACAAACGACAUCUUGAGCUGGAUCAUGGUAUCAUUGACGAGGCAAAACAAAACGCGAAGAAAUUUCCGUGUAACUAUCUUGGCUGCGACCACGUUUCCACUAAGCAAGGCAAUCUUAAUGUACACGUCAAGACUGUGCACGAAAAGAAAAAGGAAUUCAUCUGCGGUGCUACAAAUAUCCCCGUGCCAAUAGAAUUGCAAGGUCGACCACAGAUUGAACUUCUAGGAUGCAGCAAGUCGUUUACGAGCAAGGCUAGUCUUAUCGAGCACGUUCGUACUGCACAUUUCUUGUUGCCUAGCAAAAGAGCUCAGCGGGAGGAGGCAAAAAAACUCAAACGGAGUGCAGAAGACUCCCUCUCAUAUUCUGCUCCCAAACGAAGAAUGCCUCGUAAGGACAAGGGCACUAAAAAAGCAUCUACGCUCGAUACUCUGGUCGGCACGAAUGAAGUAGCUCUAUCUACCUCCUUCCCUAUCAUCAAGUCCUACUCAGAGAAGUCACCAGCCUCGCAUAGCUUUGAUGAGAUCAUGGAAGACGAAGCUGACGAUCCAGAUGAUCCGAAUCAGCUUUCUGGCUCCAUGACUAUAUUUGGUCAGCAUCUCUACCAUAACGGCCAAGCUCAUCGUCUAGUGAGUGAAGACGACAGCGCCGACCUUGUCACAAUCGACGACGGCCAGUAUAUCCCAUGCCAAAAUGGUCACGCGAUGGCUUUUCAAGAUGCACAUAUGCAGCCAUUCUUCGAUUUCGAGCACGAACAGGAACUCAUCCGGUCGCACCUCGACCCAGUACUACUACAAGCCUGA